AUGUUUCCUCCAUUCGACUACUUCGCCUAUCGGCGCACACGGGCCCAAAAACAAGCUGAGCGCACCGCUCGCUUCGCCUCCCUUCCAUACCCCUACCACCUCGCCAUAACAGACGCCGAUAAGAAGAUAAUCAAUCAGCCCAUCGAAGAGCUCGUCUCCGAUAUCCAGAAUGAGACGACUUCGCCACUAAGCGUACUGCGCACGUACGGAAAGGUUGCUGUGCGCGCUCAGGAGCGUACUAAUUGUAUUACUGAACUGUUGUUGCCGGAGGCGGAGGCAUGGUUGGAAAGUGAGGUUAACCUCGAGGGCCCGUUGGCGGGGAUUCCCAUUUCUUUGAAGGAUUCGGUGCAGGUCAAGGGUUUUGAUACUACACUUGGGUAUUCAAAGCUUGCUGGGAAGCCAUUUGCAGAGGAUGGCCCUAUGGUUAAGUUGUUGAAGGAUGCUGGUGCUGUGCCUUAUGUGAAGACUGCGUUGCCUAUUACGCUGCUUUCGUUUGAGUCUGCUAAUGGGCUUUGGGGACAUUGUCUUAAUCCCCAUGUCCCUGGGUAUUCUCCCGGUGGCUCGACUGGUGGUGAGGGUGCUCUGCUUGCUCAGGGUGGCCGGAUUGGCAUCGGGUCUGAUGUUGCUGGCUCUGUACGUGUUCCUGCUGCUUGGAGUGGGGUUUACUCGCUUCGUUGCAGUACGGGUCGUUGGCCUAAGGUCGGCGUCAGUACCAGUAUGGCUGGUCAAGAGGGCAUUCCGAGUGUGUUCAGUCCGAUGGCUCGCACGUUGAAUGACCUCACUUAUUUCACCAAGGCCAUUAUCGGCAUGCAGCCUUGGAAGUAUGAUUAUACGGUACAUCCUAUCUCCUGGAGAGGUGAUCUUGAGACCGAGGCGCAGAGCAAGCCUCUCCGUAUCGGUUUGAUGAGCAAUGAUGGCGUCGUUCCUCCCACCCCGGCCAUCGAACGCGCAGUGUCCACUACCGUCGCCGCACUCACCGAAGCCGGCCACACCGUGACCGAAAUCACACCCCCGGCCAACGCCGACCCCUUUAAAGGCCUCGACCUGGCCUCCCAGCUUCUCAACUCGGACGGCUGCCACCACUUCAAUACCAAUCUCCGCAGCUUCGAGCCCUCAGACCCGGGCGCCAUCCAACUCUCCCGCCUUGCGCACCUCCCCGGCCCGCUCCGCUACCUCUACUACCUGUACGUCCGCUACAUCAAGCGCGAUACCAUCCUCGCAACACUCAUUCGGUCUUUCGGCCCCAAAACCGCCGCACAACUCUGGCCCCUAACUGCCCAGCGCGAAUCCUACCGCGCAACCUGGCACGAAUGGUGGGACUCGCAACCACAACAAUUUGACUUCAUCCUGUGUCCGGCGAACGCCACCCCAGCCCUCCCCCACAAAGCCAUGCACGACGCCGUCUCGUCAUGCGGGUAUACCUUCCUCUGGAACCUGCUCGAUUACUCUGCCGGCGUCAUGCCCGUCGGCCAUGUAGAUCCCAUCCACGACGCGCUCGUGUCCCCGUAUAAGACGACCCUGAAGCGACUCGGGGCUAAUCAUGCGAUCGCUCGUGGGGCAUGGAAACAUUACGACUCAAUUAAAAUGGCGGGUCUUCCGACUGCAGUGCAGGUUGUUGGGCGCAGGUGGCAGGAGGAGCAGGUUCUUGGAUACAUGGCCGUUGUGGAGAAGGCGCUGGAAGCGUACCAAGAUCCGCAGACUGGGGAGAGCGCUAAGUACAGCCUUUUGGAGAUUGAUUGA